AUGCCAGAGGACGACCUUCCAGGAGAGCUAGAUCGACUCAUCGAAGUCCUUUCUAGGAGGUUUGACGGCUUUACAUUCUUCUCAGUUAUACAAAUUCGCCUAUUCAGGAGGCACCUUUACUUCUGCGGCAACCUUUGCGCCCUCCUUGGCGCCUUCUUCAUGAUACUUACGGACGAUGAGAAAUUCAGAUGGUCUAAGUGGGCAUUUGAGAUCUCAAACAUAUUCCAUCUCGUUUCUGGUGGAUUUCCUGCUGUCGCCGUGAUGACAGAGGAAGAGAGGCUCACCGAAUACAAGGCAAGACGUGAUGCCGCCCAAUCUUUAUUGAACCAUAUUGUUGAGGGGAUCAUAAACGAAGGGUUAAUGGAAAUGAAUUUGGUUGCAUCUCCUCAAGACCUUAUCACGGAUACUGUAGAUCACGCGCCCUCUGUAUCGAGUCCUCAAGACCCCAUCACGGAUACUGUGGAUCACGCGCCCUCUGUAUCGAGUCCUCAAGGCCCCAUCACGGAUACUGUGGAUCACGCGCCCUAUGUAUCGAGUCCUCAAGACCCCAUCACGGAUACUGUGGAUCAUGCGUCCUGUGUAUCGAGUCCUGAAUGCAUGGAUAUUGAACAAGAUCAAGAGGAUGAUCCAGUAAGUACCGAUAGCUUUCCCGACUAG